UGAUGAAGCACAAAACAGUUCACAUUCAUGGACCGGCUCUCAUUGUAUUGAGCAAAAAGCUAAAGGCGUGACUGAUACUCUUCGUAAAAAUGAUGCGACCGCAUGUCACGUCUACAUAACAUUGACAUGGAAUGGGCAACCCACGACGUCGUCCCAAAUUAACAAGGCACCGCAGUCAGUCUUCAAGAAAGCCACGGUUUCUACAAAGAUUACAUCGACGUCGUUUCGUAAAGCCGCUGCAACUAACAUACACAAAAACAGUCCGGAGAUGAGCAGCAAGUUAGCUAGUUUAAUGGCAAACAACGAAACCACAGCGAAAAAGUACUACCUGUUGACCGAAAGAACACGAGGCUCGGUUGAGGCUUCACAAAAGCCAGCCAGGCUCAUGCGAGUGGAGCCUAAUACCGGGGAGACGGAGAGUGGAGAAAGUGCAUCCAGCAUCGGUGACGAGGAGACAUACUUGAAAUUCACAAAGAGGGUCCCUUGGACAAAUGAAGAACUCGAUAAAAUAAAGAAGAAGUCAAUAAUACAGCAACACGAAGCGUGUCACUUGCUGCUGUUCAUGCGAAAGUGA